AAACGCGUGGCCACCGCCAGCGAAUAUCUCUCACCGGGUAAAAACCACAGACCGCGGGCAAAGUCUCGCUUCGAUAGCACGCACAUCUCUGGAUAACGAGCCGUAGAUAGGGAGAACCUCAAGGACCCAGUGGCAACUGCUUCGGGAUAAAUGGGGCGUCCGGCGAAGUCCCUCACUCGACGGGAGCUUCUCCUCAUGGCGAUCAGCGGCUUCCUCUUGGCGGCGUGCGUGGCGCUCAGCGCCCUGCUCGGCACCGGGGUGCUAUGUGCCGAGCCAGCCCCUGUGUCGCUCUGCUCGAGUUUCCCGUGCGCCGAGUCCUGUGACCAGGCCGUCCCGCCCUGCAAUGGGCUCGUCUUCGAGGAGCUCUGGGAUCGACUCGACAUGGACACGUGGGAGCACGAGAUCACCCUGGGCGGCGGAGGGAACUGGGAGUUCCAGCACUACACGAACAAUCGCAGCAACAGCUACGUGCGCGACGGGACUCUGUUCAUCCGCCCCACGCUCACGGAGGAGACCUACAAUGAGAACUUCGUGCGCACCGGCACCCUCAACGUCUGGGGCGCGGCUCCGGCCGACACGUGCACGGGCAACGCGUUCUACGGCUGCGAGCGCUCGGGCAACGGGGCCGACCUGGUGGUGAACCCGGUGCAGUCGGCGCGCCUGCGCACCGUCCACUCCUUCGCCUUCACCUACGGGCGCGUCGAGGUGACCGCCAAGAUGCCCACGGGCGACUGGCUGUGGCCGGCGAUCUGGAUGCUGCCCAAGAGGAACGCAUAUGGGGGUUGGCCCAGCUCUGGCGAGAUUGACAUCGUGGAGUGCCGCGGGAACGCAAAUCUGAAGGAUGCUCAGGGAGUGUCUCACGGGGUGGACGAAAUGGGGUCCACCAUGCACUGGGGACCCUACCCCGACCUCAACUCCUGGCCCAAGACUCAUGCAACAAAGCACGCGAAAGAGGGGACUUUCGGAACUGGAUUCCACAAGUACGAGGUGGAGUGGACACCAGACUACAUGAGGUUCCUGCUGGACGGCGAGGAAACCCUGAAGGUGAACCCUGCAGCAGAUGGAUUCUGGGGCCUGGGCGCGUUCCCCACUAACAUCGACAACCCGUGGAGGGGGCGAGGAAAGAUGGCGCCCUUCGACCAAGAUUUCUACCUGAUCUUGAACCUGGCCGUGGGGGGCACGGCCUUCUUUGUGGACGACUGGACGAACCAACCCUACCCCAAGCCCUGGUUGAACAGCUCGCCGAGAGCGGCUGCGGACUUCUACAAUGCCAAGUCCCAGUGGCUCCCCACCUGGAAGAGGGAGGUGAACAACGGAGAGGAGGCGGCGCUGCAAGUGAAGGACAUCCGCGUGUGGGCCUACAAAUAGAGCCCCCUCCCACUUCAUGGAGCCCCGAUGG